AUCAGUGGGAUGUGUUUCCUUGAAAUGCCCAAGAUCCAAUACCUAGAGGGCAGUCGCGAACUUCUUUUGCAAGCUGCAAAAGUUUUGCUGCGCGUCAAAGUACGGGAGCUUAUCACAACAAAGAGGAGUUUGGCCGCGGCCAUAGCUGGGGAGGUUACAGUAUCCCGGGACACAGUUUGUAGCUGGGUCUUGGACGCAAGGAACAAAUUGCCGAGCUGAAUGAUGUACCCGGACCAGAGGAAUCGGUAGGAGCUGCGAACCAGCCGUCCGCCUUCCUUCUCCCGUCUGGAGAAAGCCGAGCAUUAGAGGAGAGAGUUGGAACAAUAAUCCGCACCCACCUCCAGCUGCCAGAUCCCCGAGGAGAUACUGCAGCCCCUUCUUCCCCAUCCCUGGACCAUGGCUUCCAUCAAAGCCAAAGCUCUUUACAGCUUCCAGAGUGAGAACCCCGAGGAGAUCAGCAUCCAAGAGAAUGAACAGCUGCUGGUUUUUAAUGAGAAGUCUUUGGAUGGUUGGCUGGAAGGCCAGAACAGCCGAGGGGACAAAGGGCUCUUUCCAGCUUCUUAUGUGGAAAUUCUCAAACCCAGUACACCCUUACCCUACACUUCCAAUUCUGCUUUCACUCACCACUCACCAGGGAAUCACUCUGCAAUUUACUCCCCCAGUUCAGCCUCUUCCUACCAACAGGGCAGCUAUGAGGAAGAUGAUGAUGAUGAUUGGGAUGACUGGGAUGACUCUUCCACUGUGUUUGAUGAACCUGGUGUGUCCAGUAACACCAAUGGCCACAAUCAUCUCCAUCCAUACACAGUCUCCCCAUAUCCUAAUGUGAUGUACCGGCAAAAGCCAUCAGUAGAAAGGCAGGACAGCACUGCCAGCAGACUCAGCACUAAAAGCAGUGCUGUGGGCAAGAACUUCAACCGCUUCUCAAGUUUUGUUAGAUCUGGUGGGGAAGCAUUCAUCCUGGGUGAAGUGCCUGCUAUCUUUAAGACUUCAGAAACCUACAGUGUGGUGAUGAGCCCUGAUGGGCCUCAGUGGAGCGAGAGCUCUCACCCCUUCACCUGUACCAUUGAGGAACCCACUAAGCAAACCAAGUUUAAAGGCAUCAAGAGUUACAUCUCCUAUAAGCUGACGCCUAGUCAAACCAACAACCCUGUUUAUCGUCGCUACAAACACUUUGACUGGCUACACAAUAGGCUGCUGCACAAGUUCUCUGUCAUCUCUGUGCCACAUCUGCCAGAGAAACAGGCCACUGGCCGAUUUGAAGAUGAUUUCAUUGAGAAACGCAAGAGGCGCUUGAUUCUGUGGAUGGACCACAUGACAAGCCAUCCAGUGCUUUCCCAGUACGAGGGGUUUCAACACUUCCUAACUUGCACAGAUGACAGGGCCUGGAAACAGGGAAAAAGACGGAUGGAGAAAGAUGAAUUGGUCGGUGCCAAUUCUUUCCUGACCAUCCAAAUCCCACAGGAACAUCAGGAUCUUCAGGAUGUGGAGGAGAGGGUGGACACAUUCAAAACCUUCUCUAAGAGGAUGGAUGACAGUGUGCUGCAACUGACCAACGUGGCCACAGACCUCUGCCGCAAACAUGUCGGAGGCUUCAGGAAGGAAUUUCAGAAAUUAGGCAAUGCUUUUAAUUCAAUAAGUCAGGCUUUUGAAUUGGAUCAACCACACCUUGCAGUGCCUCUGAACAAGGCCAUUUCCAACACGGGCAAAACAUAUGAAGCCAUUGGAGAGUUGUUUGCAGAACAGCCCAAGAAUGAUCUGUUCCAUAUGUUGGACACACUUUCCCUGUACCAAGGCCUACUGUCCAAUUUCCCAGACAUCAUUCAUGUUCAGAAAGGUGCCUUUGCCAAGGUGAAAGAUAGCCAGAGGAUGAGCGAUGAAGGAAAGAUGGAUCAGGAGCAGGUGGAUGGGAUAAAGAGACGAUGUCGAGUGGUAGGAUUUGCUCUACAGGCUGAGAUGAACCACUUCCACAAGCGCAGGAUCAUAGAUUUCAAGCGCAUGAUGCAGUCUUAUCUCCAGCAGCAAAUCGUCUUCUAUCAGAGAAUCAGCCAGCAACUGGAGCAGAGUCUACACUUGUAUGACUCAUUGUAAUAAAAGGCCCCCACUCCCUGAGACUCUGGAAGAUUAUACAGGACAAAGAUACUGAGGCUCCUCCAUGAUCCACUCGACUUGUCUACAAUCUCGCUAACUUUUCCCUAAAUCCCUUUGAAUCCUCUCUAACUUCAGUUGACUUCUGCUCAAUCCCCAACUCCUCCCUGAUCUCCUGACUUCUCCCCAAACCCCUUGACUCCACCCCAAACCCCUUGACUCCUCCCCAAUCCCUGACUCUUCUCCAAUAGAUUUGACUGUUCCCAGUUCAUUCAACUCCUCCAAAUUCCCUUAACUCCAGCCAAUCCCUUCAACUCCUCCAUAGUCCCCUCAAUCCUCUGACUUCUCCCCAAUCCCCAUGACACCUCCAUAACUCUUCCCCAAUCUCUUGACUCCUCCCUGAUCCCUCAACACUUUCACAAAUUCCCUCCAGUCCCUUCAACUCCACCCCCAAUCUCUUUAACUGUCCCCCAAUUCCACAACUCCUCUCUCAACUCUCCAGCAUCUUUGCAACUCAUCCCCAACCCUCUCCACUCUUUUUCUCAAUCCCCUUGACUCAUUCCCCAAUUUCCUCAACUCCUCCCCCCCCCUCAAUUCCUUCCCAAUGUCUUUAACUCACCUGAAUCCCCAGCUCUCCCUCAAUCACCUCGAUUCUUCUCCUCAUUUCGCUAACUCCUUCCCAAACCCCUCAACUCAUUCCCUAUCCCCUCAAGUCUCCCAAAUCUCAGAAUAUACCCAAUCCCCUCAAUUCUACCCCAGAUUCCUUGACUGUUCCUCCAAUUGUCUCAUCUCUUCUUCUAAUUCCUUUGACUCCUUCCCCAAUCCUUUUGACUCUUUCAUAAUCCCACUGCCUCUCCCCAAAACCUAUCAACUCCUUCCUUGAUCCCCUUGCCUCCAUCCCCAAUCCCCUCCACUCUCCUCAUUUCUAUUGACUCCGUCCCCAAUCCCCGCCGAAUCCCCUUGACCUUUCCCUGAGCCCCUUGAGUCUUCCCUUGUCUCCUCGAUUCUCCCCCAUUCCCCUUGACCAAUCCUGAUCUCCUUAACUCUCCCUUGAUGCCGCUCCUGAUUGUCUUGAUCCCUCCUAUCCUUUCAAGUCCUCCUCCAAUCUCCCCCAGUCCUCUCAACCCACCUCAAUUCCUUCCCCAAUCCUCUCAAAUACCCCCAAACUCUCCUCCAAUCCCUCUGACUUUCCCCUAGUCCCAUUACCUCCUCCCUGAUUCCUUCACCAUACAGAUAUAGUCCAUUACUCAGAUGGAAGUUUAGCACCGGGAGCCAGUUCAUUGUGAGCUGGGUUCUGAUGUACUACAAGUUCACUUGUCCCUCACCAUCAUCACUGCAAGUCUGGAUAAUUCAGAGCUGUUUACAUUGUGCUUUACGAACCAGUUCAGAGUGUGUUGUUCACCAGUACCAACUUCUUUGUAUGUUUCUGGGGAUUCUGUCAUUGUUUUGGAUUACAUUACCAAGACAGGACAAGUGGCAAGAUUCUGCUAAAUCACAUCCACUUCGACCAAGGAUACAUUUUUCGGAAGACAUUCGAGCAGAAACAGCCAUGUUGACUGUGGAUGUUUCUAUCUUUGACACUUCAACAAGAUUGAUUUGAGAAAAAUGAGGGAAACGGCAUUAUUUCAGAAGCAGUUCCCUUCUUCCAACUCCCAAGGUUUACAUUCAUUUUCUGGCAGAUGAUAUGGCUUCACAUGAUAACCACCACCAGAAUUUGCUCUCAGUCUCAGACUGUGGCAGUUGUAGAAUGUCGCCACAGGAUGUUUGAACUGUUGUGAUAGUUAAUCUUUUUCUAUACAGGGACAUACAGGACAUCUUCAAGUACAAAUCUUUAGUAUUACAGGUAGGGUGUAAACUGUAGUAGAGUAAUUUGUUAAAAUUUGCUAAGCUAGAUACCAUGGACUAUUGGGUUGGCAGAUUUGUUUUCUAUAAUGUUGGGUAUGUUUUGCUGAGAUUAAGGAAUUGGACUUUUGAAAUGGAAAAUGUUAACAGAAUGACAGCAACUAAAAGCAAAAAAAAAGUGAGAACAUGAGGGAGGAUUAGAGGCCACUGCAGGAUGUGUGAGAAGAAGUGGCGAUGGAGACAGAGGAAUGAGAGGCUACGCUAGACAAAGGGACAUCUUUACACUCUUCCAAACGGGUGUGCAAGUACCCAGAGAAAGUUGUCUCAUUGUGGUUUAGCCUAUAGUUACAAUGUGCCAAUAUCCUUGCUCCUGGUGUGCUGGACAGUUCAAGGAGUACACUGCACUUUAGACUGUAUUCUGUCAAACUCUUCCACUACAAUGUUAUUCAGAGCUGUAUAUCAUUUUUUAAUUGUACACUGAUAAUCAGGGCUGGUUAUAAAACAGUGCUAUAUCAGCAAUAUUUAAUAUUCUCAAUAUAAAAAUGCAUAACGAUAACCAUACAUGAUCAAUAUGAGUAGAAUGUUCCAGAGGGACUGAGAACACCAUUGGUGUGAUUCAGAGGGGUAGGCUAUUGUUGUGUACAGAUGCAUAGAAUCCCGACAGUGUGGAAAGAGGCCUUUUGGCCCAACGAGUCCACAACGAUCCUCCGAAGAGUAUGCCAUGCAGACCCAUCCCCCUACCCUAUCCCUGUAACCCUGUAUUUCUCAUGGCUAACGCACCUAACCAACGCAUCUCUGAACCCUAUGGGUAGUUUAGCAGGGCUAAUUCACCCAACCUGCACAUCUUUGGACCGUGGGAGAAACAGUGGAAACCCACACAGACACAAGGAGAAUGUGCAAACUCCACACAGACAGUUGCCCGAGGGUGGAAUCAAACCCGGGACCCUGGCGCUGUGAGACAGCAGUGCUAACCACUGAGCUACCGUGCCACCCUGAUGCUGGGCAUUUUAUCCAGUCAGCAUGACUCAAAGGGGCAAGCUGCUAUUAGUACAGGUACCGGGCACUGUAAUAGUCAAUGUAACAUGGAGUGGCAGACUACUAUUAGAACAGGUACUGGGCACUGUAACUAGUCAGUGUGACCCAGAGGGGGAGGCUAUUUUUAGAACAGAUAAUGGGCACUGUAACUAGUCAAUGUGACUCAGAGGGGCAGGCUGCUAUUAGAACAUGUACUGGGCACUGUAUUUAGUGAGUGUGAUAUAACUGGGCAGAUUAAUGUUAGUACAGAUAUUUAACGAGUUGGUGUGACUCAGAGGGGCAAGCUGCUGUUUGAACAGGUACUAGGCACUGUAUCUAGUUAAGAUGUAAUGUAUCGUCAUCAGACAAUAUCCACACACCCUAUUUAAGCAGAAAUGGUGACAUCAAAGCAGCACACAAUUAGCAGCAGCUAAAUGUUAAAAAGAUGGUGCCAGUGUCAUACAACUGUUGCUGAUCCCAGUGGGAGUUGGACAGUGAUGUAAAUACCAUUGCAUGACAUCACUAAUCAUAAAACCUGGACUUCCUAACUUUACAGUUCAUGUUAUUUCAAUCAGUCCUAGCGUCUCCUUCCUAGUUUUAGAGGACUAGUGGAGCCUUUGGGAUUGGAUUUGGAAUAAAUCUUUACCUCCAUCAGCUUGUGCUGUAAACCCACUUUGCAGUAGCUGGGAUGAACUACAUUGUUGCACUACCAUUCUCCCAAACUAACCCAGGAGUCUGCUAGUCAAAAGCUGUGUGUGAAAAUAUAAUACCCAGUGAGAUUCAGGCAGCAACUUAAGCAGCAACUCCGAGGUGUUCAGACCACUGAGACUUUGCACAUUUUGGAUCUCAGCGCUUCAGCUAAUGCAAGGGAGUGGCGUCAGACAGUGAAUGAAACAAAUUCAGAAACAGGAACACAGCUUCAGAAGAAGGCCCACUCACCAUUACUUGUUGAAACUCAAUGGUUCAUCCCUCAUGAUACAACUGAGAUAGAAACUCAGAGACUAGGUAACAAUGAGUAUCUAUUUGUGUGUCUACUUGUCUAACAACUGACACAGGUCAUGUUACAGUGUCUCCAAUGGGUAUGAACAGACACAGACUAUAUUACUGUAUAGACUGUAUUAAUGGGUAGUACUCCACACAGACUUCCACAAUGGAAACAACUUCUUUGCAUCUACCCUGACAAGCCCACUAAGAAUCUUGCGUGCUUUUUAAAAGGUUUCCUCUCAUUCUUGUAAGCCUCAAUUAAUACAAGUCCAACCUAUUCAGUCUCUCCUCAUAAGAAAAUCCCUCCAUGUCUAAACCAACUGAGUGAACCUUCUCUAGACUGCAUCCAAUGCCAGUAUAUUCUUCCAAAACUGUUCACAGAAUUCCAGCUGUGAUCUGACUAGUGCAUUGUAUAAUUUAGUAAGACCACCCUCUUUUUUUUAUAUUCCAUUCCCUUUCAAAUAAAAACCAGCAUUGCAUUUGCCUUCUCUGAUAUCUCCUGAAGUUAGAUGCUAGGUUUUUGUGCUUCCAGCACUAGAAUUCCCAAAUUGGUCAGCGCUGCAGCUUUCCACAGUCUUUCCCGAUUUAAAUAAUAUUCAGCUCCUCUGUUUUUCCUGAUAAAAUUCAUUAUCUCAUAGUCUCACCAAGUUGUCUUCCAUCUGUCACAUUUUUGCUCAUUCACCUUUCUAUAUCCCUCUGCAGACUCCUUGUGUCAUCCUCACUUCUUCCCACCUAUUUUUAGGUCAUGUGCAAACUUGGUUCUAGUAAAUCCCUCAGCCAUGUCAUUAAUAUAUAGUGUAAAUAAUUUUGGCCCCAUCACUGAUCUCUGUCGCACUCCACUAAUUACGGGUUGCCAUCCUGAAAAUGCUCCCUUAUCUCAACUCUCAGUCUGCUAUUAGUUAACCUGUCCUCUAUCCAUUCUAACAUAAUACCUCCAACACCAUGGACUCUCAUAUUUAGUAGUCUUUUAUGUGGUACCUUAUCAAAUAUUGUUUGCAACUCCAAAUGUAUUAUAUCCACUGGUUCACUUUUAACUAUCCUGCUUGUUGCCUCCUCAAAAAGCUGUAAUAAAUUUGUCAGGCAUGAUUGCCCCGUCAUGAAA